CCGCAAACCUUGCUUCAGAUACUUCGACCUCAAGGACCGUAUCGCUGAAUAUACCUCAAGCCCGUCAAAAUGCCGCCGAAGAAAGUCAAGGUCGCCAAAGAAGAAAACACUGUUUCGCUCGGUCCUCAGGUUGCCGAGGGAGAGCUAGUUUUCGGUGUCGCACACAUUUAUGCCUCUUUCAACGAUACCUUCGUCCAUGUCACCGAUCUUUCGGGCAAGGAGACCAUCUCUCGUGUCACGGGUGGCAUGAAAGAUGUUGCUACGCGAUGCCGCGAGGUCGGCAUUACCGCCCUCCACAUUAAGCUCCGUGCAACCGGUGGUACUGGCACUAAGACCCCUGGUCCUGGUGCACAGAGCGCCCUCCGUGCUCUUGCUCGCGCUGGCAUGCGCAUUGGACGUAUCGAGGACGUUACACCUGUUCCUACCGACUCCACCAGGCGCAAGGGUGGUCGUCGUGGUCGUCGUCUAUGAUCUUCGUAUUUUCGUUCUUGCUAUGAGAUUCCCGAAGAGCUAAAAAUUAAUACGCAUGUACUUGGGGUUACAAAUGAUAUGUCGCCGUUCGACGCGCAUCAGGUUCCUGCCUGCCCCGCGGUCGUUCCCCUGUUUGUGUCUCUAGUAUUGUGCUGUCAACAACCUUUGUGCUUUGCAUCGAGUCGUGAAGUAUGAAAAACACGUGAGACUGGA